CUGAACCCCACACUAGAACUGUGCAAAAAUCUGCCACGGUUCCACACACACACAAUUCACCCCCCUCUUGUGUUGCUAACAGUUUCAUCAAUUGGUAUCAGAGCCGGUCUUCACCACAUAAAGGGUACAACCUUGGGAAGAGAUCCGGCAGUAUGAAUACGGUUGAACGAUUGGAAGAAGGAUACUCAACUCAACGACCACCGUUGUUCAACGACAAAUUUUACCAAUUCUGGAAGAGUCGAAUGGAGAACUUCAUCAAGGCUGAGAACUACCAGCACUUGGAAAAGAUAUUACUGUGGAAGAUCAAGUGAGAAAAGUUAUGAGAAGCUUGCCCUCCGCAUGGAAGCCUAAAACUACGGCUAUAGAAGAAGCUAAAGAUCUCUCUACAAUGACGCUAGAAGACUUGACCGGUUCACUCAUGACAUAUGAGCUAGGCCUACAAGAAGAACAAGAUGCCGAAAAUGUGAGAAAGGAGCGAGGAAUAGCUCUCAAGGCUCGAGAAGAAGAAGAAGAAGAAUCCGAAAGUGAAUCGGAAGACGAAAUGAGCAUGUUCGGCAAGUAAUUCGGGAAGAUGUACCGGAAAUUCAAAGGCAACCGAAACAAGCAAGGUAAAAAGGGUUUUCAAUCUUUUAAUAACCAAAGUUGUUUUGUUUGUGGUUCCUUUGAGCACAGGGCAAAAGAUUGUCCCCAAAAGAAAAAUGACAGAACCUACGACAAGAACAAGACUAGUUCCCAUCGGAGGUCCAGUGAAGAUAAAGGGUUCAACAGAGACCUCAAGAAGACAAUGAUGGCCACUUGGGGAGACUCAUCCGAUGAUGAUGAGGAAGAAGUUGAAAAGAGUUCCAAUCAUGCAGGGUUGUGUCUUAUGGCUAAUUCCGACGAGAAAUCCGACCAAGAGAGUUUCGAGGUCUGGGUUCCACGCACUAACCCUUAAUCCUGGAACAUCGCCGAGUGAGGGGGAACAACCACUGGUUCCUUGACAGUGGGUGUUCUAAGCACAUGACGGGAGUUAAAUCAUUAUUCCUCUCACUGCGGCCAUUUAGCGGUGGAAGGGUGACAUUUGGAGACAACGGAACGAGGCAUAGACCACAACUUUGCUGCCCCUAGAACUCCUCAACAAAAUGGGGUAGUAGAACGGAAGAAUAGAACUCUUGAGGACAUGACUAGAACAAUGCUGAUUUCCAGUGGUCUAGCCAGAAACUUUUGGGCAGAAGAACUAAACAUGGCAUGUUAUAUAAUUAACCGUGCUAUGAUUCGUCCACUCCUAGGGAAGACACCCUACGAACUACUCAAAGGGAGAAAGCCCA